AUGUUCAUGAUGCAACCUAUGCCUGCUCAUGCCACUGCGAGUGUGAGUACAAUGAAUGCUACACCAACCAUUCUGGUCUCUUCACCUUUGGCUAUUAAGAAUAUGAAGAGAGACAGGUCCACUUCACAUAUGCAAACUUGCUGUAUGAAACAACCACAUGCUACUCUUCUCCAACCAUCUACCUCUACCCCUGUGAAAACCUUCACUCACAUCACUCACCAAACUUGCAAUCAUUCUGAUGGCAAUAUGAUUGCACCAGAAAUCUCAAUCUCUUCAUGCUCUAGUAUCAAUGAUCAUACAUCCACAAGUACAUUGAGUAUUUCUUCAGCUUCCUUAUCUGGCAGUGAGUCAAGAUCUGUAAAUAACAAAUCACCAACCUCUCCAUCCCUUCUCCAAAGAACAACAUCCAAGGGAAAGAGCAGAUCACCAACUAGUCAGAAUGAUAAUGAAUCAAGCUCAUCAGAAGAUUAUCCUUCAAAUGAUGAUCGAAUUAUACGUUCAUUCAAUUCUUGCAAAAUGAAAUCUAGCGACCUUAAAAACAAGUUUACCACCUCAAAGAAGGACCAAGUUAUCAGAUGUAACAGAACAUCUGGAAAUCAGAGGAGUUUCAUUGGCUAUCAGGAUAUUAAAGGGUAUUUCUUCCUUCCAGAAAAUGAAGCAGCCAAACGUCUUGGAUGCUCCAAGAGUAAACUGAAACGUAUUAAGACUCGAUUAAAUAUUGAACGUUGGCCAUACAGAAGAAUUCAAUCGUUACUGAACCAAAAACAGAAUGCGCUCUCAAAGAAUGAAAAUGUUGAAGAUAUCGAAAUGGCCAUUCAAUUUGUGAUUGAUUAUCCAAAUCUCAUUACUAAAUAUUCUAACGAGGAUAUUGCAUUAACUGCCUCCCGUUUCGAUCGCAUCAGGAUCAGUAACCUCCUGUAA